GAUUCAGAAAUUUAGCUGUGGAGAAAGAGAGUGUGUGUGUGAGAGAGAGAGAGAGAAAGAGAAAGAGGAAGAGAAAGAGAGAGAGAGAGAGAGAGAGAGAGAGAGAGAGAGAGUGAGUGAAUGAGAGUAAGAGAAGGUUGGAAGAGAGAAUGUAUGUGGGUGUGUGUGUUUGUGAGUGUUAUAAGGCUCCUCUUUGCACAGCAUCUCGCUGCAGUGUGAAAGAGAAGAGCCAGUUGUUACGAUGGGACCACAUCAGUUUCGGAUUGCCUUUCUUUGGAUUAUCUACGAAAUAUGUAUGAUGUUUACAUUCACUAAAGCUUUAAUAAAUGACCUACGGCGAUGUGAUCCCAACAAUAUCAUACAGUGUAUCCAGCCUAUGCACAAACACAUUUCUGAAAUGGGAGGCCUUGGAGAAACAUACGAUAUAGAGACGUUGGAAGAUAUAUGUGGGAAAAUGGACAAAGUAAAAGAAUGCAUAGAGAACAAGAAACCUUGGAUGGAACACUGUCACAUCGAUAAUAUGAUAUCUUGGAAUAUGUUCCAGAAAGGUUUUGGUUAUCUUUGUGGUGAAGGAUAUGAUGUGUAUGCACAAAAUUCAAGAUGCCUAUCCAACACACAAGUUAAUGGUACAGUAAGACAAUGUUCCAGAAUAUGGUCACGCCAGUUACAUGCAAUUAUAUUAGAUGAACCACCACGGGCACAAAAGUACAAGAGAACAUGCAGAAUCCUGAAAGACUAUCGGAGUUGUCUAUCACAUGGUAUCCAGCGAUUCUGUUCCAAAAGUGCUGCACAUGUCAUGGUAAAGAUGUGGGAUUUAUCAUUAGCACCGUUUCGAGAGAAAAUGAUGUGUGAUGAAAAAAUAGGAGCUGGUCUGGUUGUUGCUGUAAUCCUUGGAGUCUGUUGCUUCGUCUUAGUUGCUAUCUUCAUAGUCUGCCUCAUGCGUCGGCGUCAACUACAAUCUAUAAGUUACAAAAGGUUCACAGAUAUCACGGCUCAGCCGAGCAUUGUACCACCAGAAUCUCAUUUCCCUACUAUUGCAGCACAUGCUCUCAGACAAGAAGACCCAGCAAGAACGAAUGACCUUUUAUAAGACAAAAAAAUAUACAAAAGGGAAACGAAAAAAAACAGGAACAAGAUAUCAAAAUAAAAGACAAUAAUAACAAUAAUAAUAUUAACAUUAAUAAUAAUAAGAUUGAUUUUUUACAUAUUGAUAAUAACAUAACUUUGAUAUUAACAACAUCAUCACAUUUAUCUUUGUGCAUUGGGAUAGCUUUUUAUUUUGUGUGUAUGCAUGUGGAGGUUUAUACGACUACAUGUAUGUUUUGUACUUAGGUACGGAUGAGUGGGGUGUAUCCCUGUAUGAGUGUCUCUGUGUUAGCGCUAAUAUAUGAGAACAUGCUUUUUUAUGUGGAGAUCAACAAGAGUGGAUACUUAAACGUUAAUAUCUAAGAUGUCAUGGAUGAAUGAUAUGGUUAUACGAUAAGGUUAUAUGAAUGAGAAAAUGGGUAUAUUCCCAUGGAAGUUUAUAUAUGCCAAUGAGUUAUUGCUGGAUUCCUAAAUUUACCCGUUUACCUUACCACACACACACCAUCACCACCAACACAAACAUACAAUAAGCAUAUAUGUACAUUUGAAUAUGCGUGUGGUUUUAGUACUGCUUCCAUUAUGGAUUUACUUCUAUUGCAUAAUCUCAAUCUAUCUAUAUACCAACCUACAUAUUUAUUUACAUAGAUACAUACAUACAACACAGGGAUGCUGUAGAGCAGCAGAAAUAUUGGGUAAAUUACCCUUACAAAGCGGAAAAGGUUGUCAGCAAAUCUUUGCUUAUAUUUAUAUACACGUAAUUGUACAUUUAGCUUUAUAGAGUCUAAGACUUCGGAUUAGUUUGUCAACAGGCAGUUUAGCUUAAUGGUAAAGAACUUGGCCGGAGUCUUUAAGGAAUGUGGGUUCGUGACCCAUAGCUGUUUUUUGACAAAUUUUUCCGCUUCGUAAGGGCAAUUUUUCCAAUAUUUCUGCUGUUCUAAUGGCGUUUCUGCGUUCGAAAAUAAAUUAUCAUCUUAUCAUCAUGCAAUACAAUUAUCAUCGUGCAAUACACAUUUCGAUGCUUACUAGAAAAAACAAUUGCUAGUUUGUUUAUGUUAUAGAUAGAUCGAUAGAUAGAUAGAUAUUCACAUGUACACAUGUAUACAUUCAUAAAUAUGUCUCAUAGCGACACAUUUUAAUCGCUCAAUCAAACAUGUGUUUUAAAAAUUUAACAAAAACACAACAAACGAAAAAUUUUACAAGAAUAUAAACAGAAAACUCGAAGCUAAUUCCUCAUCAGUGAACGUCCAAAAGAUCAUUACAAUUUCGCGCCUUUGACGUUAAUUGUUCACUUUUGGCGGAGCCAGUAGCAAAAAUCCACUGGGAAUAGCUAACGGACGCACAGGACAAUGCCAAAAACAAACACGGCAAAAUAAAAUAUACAACAAAAAAGUUGUGCCUCCUAAGUCACUGGGAACAUCAUUGAUUACUACUUCAACCUAAUGUCUCCAAGAUUGAAACUCAGUUCUAUAAGGUAACAGAGCAGUCAAUUCUUAUAGUCCCCAUGCUCCUUAAUCUCAUGAUCUCCAUAGUCACAGCUAUGGAAUAUACACUGCAUGACUGUCUGGUACGCUGCUAGGUUACCAAUUUAAACAUUUACGAAUUCACGCCAGGUAAGAUGUUGCUGAUAUCUACAUACCAACUAGUUUUAGUUUGUAUGUAGUUUGUAUGAAGCUAAUUUACAAAAUAGUUUCAUACAAAUUAGUUUACACACAAACAUAAAUCAGUUUACCAAUGUGUAAGCUAAACUGCUUUUAUUUCUGUAUCUCGGUAUCUUGAAAUUUCAUGCAGAUAUACAUAUCUCAAACCAUAAUAAGUUUGAAUAUCUUAAAUGAAUUCGGAAAAUACGGGUUAUUUGUUUCCAAGCAGUACUUAUUGGCUAUAACUGUAUGCAUACAUAUGUAUAAGUUUCCAUUAUGUAUGUAAAAUGAGUAUUUGUUCGUGUGUAAGUAUGUAUGAGGGUUUGUGUUUGUGUGUACAGAGCAUUCCAUUGAUAAAUUUCUGAUUCAGUUUUUAAGA